UCUCUCUUGUUAGUGAUUGUAAACCAGCGGACAGCCUGAAUAAGAGCUAUUGUUAUGGAGCCUGUGAAGUCCCGCUCAGUGAGGAAACCAUUGGAGAGGUGUUACUACACGAGGAAAUAGACCCCGAUAAAGUGUUGUUUGCUGCGCCGGAAUUCAACCAAGAACUGACAGUAAAGAAGCUUCGCAAAGAUUCCAUAUUGUUUUCCAAAUGGCUUAUGAAGAAUGGAAUUCAGAAAGGUGACAUUGUCAUGGUGAAUGGAGUGGCGGAUCUAAAAUAUUUCCCCCUCCUUUUGGGAACAGUCUCGAUAGGAUGCAUUUAUCAUACAGUUUACGAUUUCCGUUAUAAAAGUCAGCAGCAGCAGGUUAACCCAACAGUGAUUAUAAUGGGAUCCCAAUCAGCAGAAGAAGACAUAUUAAUUGCGGAGCACCUUAAAAGUAGCGAAAACACAGACAGAUCAUCCAACCUGAAACAAGUCAGAUUUUUGAAAGAGUCUGAUAUCAAAUAUGAUUUUCAAGGCGAAAGUCCAGUUACUGAUGAAGUAUAUUUAGCAACAAUUAAAAGUGUGUUUCCGGGAGACCCUGCGUUCAUUAUCCUAACAACGGGUUCUACAGGUUCCAGUAAAGCAGUUUUGAUUAGUCACAAAACAGUGGUGAACUGUGGGAUUUUUUGUGUUGAUCGCCAGGCAGGCAUAAAAGUGGUAUCCAAUGAAGCCAACAUUGCUAUGCCUAACCCUGUGACGGAUGAUAUUCAGCCUGUGCUAGUAACAUUAAAUGCGCUUAUAAACUGGAAAACCUCAAAAAUUGUGUUAAAUCCCUCAUGGCUUGAAUUUGGAUGCGAGGAUAUAGAGCGAUUUGGCAGUUUUCUCCAAGAUGAAAAAAUUACACGUUACGCUGGUUUUCCGUACGAAGUGAUCAAGUUAGUGAACUCAGAAUACGUUAAUCAGUUCGAUUUAUCCAAUCUUAAAUCGGUCAUUCUUGUGUCGCAAAUAGUAUCCAAGGAAAUGCGAGAGACAAUUUAUAAACAUUUUCCAAGUUCGUCGGUUAUUUACGGUGCUAGCGAGUGUUUAGUAGGAACGGCUACUUCUCCUGUCCUCUCCUCUCUGGAACAACGCCUGGACUCCAUAGGAUACCCAUUUCCACACACAGAGGUAAAAAUUACAGACGAAAAGGAUGAAAUACUCCCAAUCAACAUGCCUGGUGAAAUUUGUAUAAAGGGCUUUGGUAUAUUUUAUGGAUAUUUAAACAACGAGAAGUCAGAGACAGGUCCCUUGGACAAACAGGGAUGGUUGCAUACGGGAGAUGUUGGUAGUAUGGAUGAAACAGGACACGUGACCUACAUUAGUCGGAAAUCUGACUGCUUGUUUUUCAAACAUGCCGGAAUUAAAAUUUAUCCGAAACAACUGACUGAUAUCAUUUCUGCCCAUUCAGAUGUCUUAGAAUCAGCGGUUGUUGGUAUUCAAAGCGAUGAAAAGGGGGAUGAUAUUUUUAUAUUUUACAUAUUAAGAGAGGGGUCUACAGCUACUCCAGGCAAUAUAAGGAAACACAUGUUGCUGAGUCUGGUGGAUGAGACCAUGUGUGCUGACUAUUUUAUUCCCGUGCAAAAUCUUCCACGAAUUGGUUCACGCCAUAAGGUAGAUAAAAUAAAAUUGAAGUCAAUGGCUGAAGAAAUCAAAAGAAGUACUCAUUUAAAUACCUGAUAUAUAUGUUUAAAGCAUUUUUUUUUUAUGUUUAUGAUAUCAGUUGAAUUAUGUUAGACAAAUACAAUGUACUGUACAGAAUUAUCUUUAAACUGAACCACGAAGUACCUUGAUUGUAAUCUAACCAUUAUUUGUUUUAAAAUUUAAAAAAAUCUUAUAUUACAGGUAAUUCAUUUUCUCUUCAAUGUUCUAUUUGUAUGGUGUUCUGUUAAAAAAUACUCUGUUUCUUUUUUUUGUAAGUCUACUAUGCGAAUAAAAAUGGAUAUAAGUUGCAUAACAAAUGUUAAUUGAUAAAAUAUCUAUUGUUUAGAACAUAUUUUAUUAACAAUACGGCAAGGGGAUUGAACAAGUUACAAAAAGUUGGAUAUUCCUCUCCCAUGAUAUUCAUUUAAAAAAGUAUACAUAUUUGGAUAUUCCUCUCCCAUGAUAUUCCUUUAAAAAGGUAUACGUAUUUGCAUCUAUUAAAUAUGAAAUAGAAAUUUAAUAAAAACUGUUAUCGCGAUUAACUUACGUGUUUAUACAUUGAAAAAAAAAAUGCAUGGCUGUAGCGAGAGAAAAACGAAAAAUGAAUGUUGACAAUUAUCGUUUUGAACACGUGUACGUUGGAAACAAAUACAAAUUUCAUAGUGAUCAUUUUUUUGAUUGACAUAUUUCAUACAAAUCGUCAUAUGUAGGCAAAUAACCUGAAUGCAGAAUAUCUGUCUACUUGAUCAAUAUAUAGGACCCAAAGAGGGCGUGAACGGCCGAAAGAUAUGCUUAGUCUUCCUCGGCACCUAAUUCCACUUUUCGAAUUUCCUGAGGAGAGCUACUCGACACUCAGGGCCAUUGAGCAGUUAGGGAUCAUUUUCGUAAUAGCACUACUGCGACAGAGGACUUCGGUUUAUACCACGGUGUUUAUACAGUCUGACCCGAAGGACCGGUCUCCAAGUCCCAUAGCGGGAUUCGAACCCGCAACGUAAGGAUUGACUCCUUAGUUCGCGACUCUAGAGCAGACGCUCUAACCACUGCACCACGCGGACGACGAUGUCUAUGUGUAAAACAAUGUUUUUAGAUCUACAUUGUUUACAUUUUUAGAAGCAACCAAUUUUCAUUAGCGUUGCUUUUUCAAUAUUAAAAAAUAAGGAAAUUUGUUCAAAGUAAGACAAGGAAACAAUGAAUAAAAUACAUGCAAAAUUUUAUUUGCAAAAAAGCUUUUUUUCAUAUAAUACGAAGGGGAUUUGGCAACUUGAAAAUAAAGUCAGAUAAAAUUUUAUAAACAUAUACCACGGCACCCUUUAAAUUAAAAACUUUGAUAAGUCGUUUUCAAGUACAAUAUAAUAAGGCUGCAUGUGUCUUCUCUCUGUGUGUUUUGUUGAAAAAAAAAUACACCAAAAAAAAAAAAAAUAAUAAUCAAAUAAAACAAAAAACUUAAUAUUUUUUGUUUCAUUUUUGAGACAGUGAAGAUUUCAUUUUGAACAUUUUGAAGGUAAUUUUCAUGCAAAGUUCCAUUUUCAGGAAAUUAAUUCUGAAAUCAGCACUAUUUAAAUUGCUAUAAAACAUGGCUAAUAGCAUUUGAAACUUACAUGAAUAUGUAACGAUAAGCUAGGGUAUGAUCUGAAGUUUCGUAAACAAUAAAAAAUUAUUGUGAUUAGAAUUUUAUACGAUACUGCAUUUUAAAAACAAGUGUAUGCUGUCUUUUGUGAAUGAGGGCUUUGUAAAUGAUAGUACAAAUAAAAAUGGGCUUUUUUGCAAGGAA